GUUCCGCAGCAGAGCUGAAAGAAAUCGUCACCCUGGCUUUAGUAAGAGAGAACACCGCGGAGAAAAACGGGCUUCAGGAUGGCCAGCAGCAAGGCAAGACGAAGAGGAAGAAAAAGAGUGCGGAGGGCCGCUCGACAGUUUGGCCUUCGAGAGGGAGGGGAAAACGACGACUGGACUCUCUACUGGACUGACUACUCAGUGUCGCUGGAGCGAGUGAUGGAAAUGAAAAGUUACCAGAAAAUCAAUCACUUCCCAGGGAUGAGUGAAAUCUGCCGCAAGGACUUGCUGGCCAGGAAUAUGAGCCGCAUGUUGAAGCUGUUCCCUAAAGAUUUCCACUUUUUCCCUCGGACCUGGUGCCUUCCUGCUGACUGGGGAGAUUUGCAGAACUACAGCAGGUCAAGAAAAAAUAAGACAUACAUCUGUAAGCCGGAUUCGGGCUGCCAAGGGAGAGGUAUAUUCAUCACCCGGACGGUGAAAGAAAUCAAACCAGGGGAGGACAUGAUCUGUCAGCUCUAUAUUUCAAAGCCCUUUAUCAUUGAUGGGUUCAAGUUUGACCUACGGAUUUAUGUGCUAAUGACAUCCUGUGACCCUCUCAGGAUUUUUGCAUAUAAUGAAGGACUGGCCCGCUUCGCCACGACCUCUUACUCCCACCCUUGCACCGACAACCUGGAUAACAUCUGCAUGCACCUGACUAAUUAUUCCAUUAAUAAGCACAGUUCCAAUUUCAUUCGCGACGCACACUCUGGCAGCAAGAGGAAGCUCUCCACCUUCAACAUGUACAUGGAGAGCCACGGCUACGAUGUGGAGCAGAUAUGGAGAGAUAUUGAGGACGUCAUCAUCAAGACAAUCGUCUCGGCCUACCCCGUCAUCAAGCACAACUACCACACCUGCUUCCCCAACCACAUGCUCAAUAGUGCCUGCUUUGAAGUCCUGGGCUUCGACAUUUUGUUGGACCGCAAACUCAAGCCCUGGCUGCUGGAGGUCAACCACUCUCCAAGCUUUUCCACGGACUCCGGCUUGGAUAAAGAGGUGAAGGACAGUCUGCUGUAUGACACCUUGGUCCUGAUCAACCUGGGAAGCUGUGACAAAAAGAAAGUCUUAGAGGAGGAGAGGCAACGGGGACAGUUCCUACAGCAAUGUCGUUCUAGGGAGAUCAGGAUCAAGGAAGUCAAGGGUUUCCAGGCCUUGAGUCUAGAGAAAACGGAGAAGUAUGAGAAAGAGAACUGUGGAGGGUUCCGUCUGAUUUAUCCCAGUCUGAAUUCGGACAAGUAUGAGAAGUUCUUCCAGGACAACAACUCUCUCUUCCAGAACACUGUUGCCUCCAGGGCCCGGGAACUGUACGCCCGGCAAAUGAUCCAGAAGCUGAGACUAAAACAGGAGAAAAAAUCCUUCCAAAGGAAAGAGAAGAAGGUCGAGAUGCAGGGGGAAUCGGCAGGCGAGCACGCGAGAGGCAAGGGCGCGAAAAGCUGGCAACAGACACCACGGCAGAGAUGCAAGGCCGCCGCCAUCCACCCCUCCAAACAACUAUUGACACUAGUGUCCUGCACACCUGACUUGCUCUUGAAUGUCAGAGAUGCAAAGAAAACUGAGGCAGAGAUCAGCCCUCACCAGGAGGUCCCCAAGAAGAAGGAUGGCCCUGCUCCCCCUGAGCAUUCCUGUCCUGUACCAGACCUGAGGAAUUCAGGCUUUCUCAGCUGCUCUGGGCUGGAGCUCAGUAAACCCAUCUCCAGAAUCAAGGAAGCCAAGUCUACCUCUGCAGUGAACAUGCUCACUGGCACUGUGCUCUUAACUUCAGUAGAAACCUCAGAAUCUAGCACCCAGGUCUCAGACUCCCCAGAGUCUCUGCUGAGCAUGACAACCAACUCUGAAUGCAGUAGUCCAGAGAGUGUCCAGAGGGUGGCCUCCUUUCAAUGCAACCAGCAGCAGAUCCCCCAGGACCCCUUCCAGAAGAAAAUAUCGAAAAUUUCUCUGCCUAUAAAAUCCCAGCGCUUCUUGGGGAAUCUGAAAGCAAGCAGGACUUUGCUGAAGAAUAACAUGAAGAAGCAGCGUCUGAUAUCAGAGCUAUUCACCAAGGUUCAACUGAAGGAGAAGUUCUCCUUGUUCCCGGCUCCUUACAACUCAAAUCUGGUGUUAAAUGACCAGUCACAAAACUACCCCCUGCCCCAGGAGGGCUAUUUCUGCAGCCCAAGCUCUAGUGAGAAGAGGCCGCUGGACAUGUCCUCCCUCUUCUUCUUGAAGACUUCUCACAGCCACGAUGUUUCUCUGAGGGAUCUCCUGGUGGUUGCCACUUCAGCCCGACUGGAUCCGAGGCCUGGCAGAAGCCAUACAGGUGCUAUGAGGGCCCUGUGUAUACGGGAUCGGGAAGCCUACAGUCACUGCCUGAUCUCUGGCCCAAAAGGAUGUAAGAGGAAAUAG